CUAAAACGGAAUAAAUACUCGAUGGUUACAACUUACAUCCUUGAGUUUAAUCUUCCCUCUUUCAGGCAGCUGCAAAUAUAUACACACACAGACGCGAUAUAUUCGACAAGGGAAGAGUAAGUAAAGAUGGAUGAGCUUCUGAAUGCCUACUCAACUGCUGCUUUAGAUGAAGAAGACAAAGAUGAUGACGGUAAAACCACAGCAAUUGCUCCCCCUCCACAUCCACCUCCGUCAAAGAGACCCAAGCCCGAUUACUCGUUUCCUACUUAUAAAAAACCCAACCAAACGAAACAUGUCCCAUGUAUUGCGCCCGUGUCUCAUAAUUAUAAUAAUAUAUCUAAGCAAACCAAAAGUAUUCCAUGUAUUACACACGUGCCUCAAAAUUAUAAUUACAAUAACAUAUAUAAUCAUAAUUAUUAUAAUAAUCACCGACCUGAAGCUCCUCCACCUAUGUUACCUGGUAGAUAUGUUUCCAAACGAGAGCGAGCUGCUGCUGCUGCCACCACCCCUCCCGAUCCUCUUACUACUACUCUGAUAACCCCUUCUUCAUCCUCAGCUAUUGGAAGUAUUUCGGUCAUGGAUAUAAGAAAUGAUAUAUUAUUGUCUUUGAGGCAACAAAGAAAAGGACAUUCGCUGAACGGGAAACCACCUGAAAAUUUGUCCUUAUCACUCACUGGUCAUGACAAAGCUGUUAAUGCUCUGCAAUGGUCAUCAACUCAUUCUCAUCUUCUUGCAUCUGCUGGAAUGGAUCAUACCAUCUGUGUAUGGAAUCCAUGGAGUAAAAACGAGAGGAAAGCAAGGGUGCUAAGUCAUCACACAGCUGCAGUGAAAGAUAUUAAGUGGUCGGAACUGGGACUCUCCCUACUCUCAUGUGGAUAUGAUUGCUCGUCAAGGUUAUUUGACGUCGAGAAGGGGUUAGAGAUCCAUAUGUUUAAGGAGGAUCAGGUAGUUGGAGUAGUAAAAUUCCACCCCAACAAUUCCAACCUCUUUCUUUCUGGGGGCUCAAAAGGUGUUCUUAAAUUAUGGGAUAUUCGAACUCAAAAGGCGGCCCAUCAGUAUGUUCGAGGUCUUGGUCCAAUCCUUGAUGUAGAAUUUAUCAAUUGUGCAAGUCAAUUUGUGUCUUCAAGUGAUGUAUCUAAAGGCAAUGUCACCGAAAAUUCUAUUUUGGUCUGGGAUGUGUCACGACAGGUCCCCCUAUCUAAUCAGGUCUAUGCUGAAGCUUAUACCUGUCCCUCAAUCAAAUGCCACACAUCUGAACAAUAUUUUGUUGCACAGUCCAAUGGAAAUUACAUUGCAAUCUUCUCAGCCAAGGCUCCAUUCAAACUUGACAGGUAUAGAAGAUACGAAAGUCAUGGGGUCUCUGGAUUUCCAGUAAGGUGUGAUUUUAGCUUGGAUGGCGAGCAACUUGCAUCUGGAUCCUCUGAUGGCUGCAUUUACUUUUACAAUUCGAGAUCCACUGAGCUGAUAAAAAAGGUCAAGUUGUAUGAGCAGGCAUGCAUAGAUGUUGCCUUUCACCCAGUCAUGCCAAAUGUGAUUGCAUCGUGUAGUUGGAAUGGAGAAAUUUCUGUGUUGGAGUGAUAUAAACUGGAAUCUUGAGGUAAAAAAAUCUUUUAGGUCCUCCCAUGAUGCUCCUGAAGGGCAGAGUGUAGGGGCAGAGGCAGAGGCUCUUCUGAUAUGAAGCAGAGAACUCUAGAUGCGUCCAUGGGUCAUGGGUGUAAGUUCAGAAAGCAUCGUAUUCCAGAGCACCUUCCUUUAACAUGGCUUGCCGCUGUUCUUCAGUGGUAUCUCUUUCUUUUAAGAGUUUUGGUUCUCCAACAGGCGCAUCUUCCCUUUGAACUCAACUCCCACUUCAUGCUCUCUAUUUGCAGCCAGUUCCGAAGCUUCACUUGCUACUUGAUAUGAGUUGCAGAUCCAGUGAUUACUAGAUAAUACCCUGGUUACUUAUGUUGACUCUUUUAAACAACCAUAUGCUUAAAAUUUGCAGAAUGCUGAACUUGGAUGCCUAAUUUUUAAAUGUACCAAGAAACUAUGAUGCCGUGAGAAGGUAGGUAAUGUCAGUGAGAACAACUCUAUUUCUCUUCUGCAGAAGAUAGCCAGCCCUACGAUUCAUUGAUUAGAGAAUGUUUGUGAAACUUGUGUGUUCGAAGAAUAACAAACAAAAUUCUUUCUUCAGAGGAACGCACGAAUGUUUUUAAUGUGCAGUGUCUUUUAUUGUAAUUAUAAUAUAAUGUGAUGGUGUUUUGUGUGUAAAACAAUGCAUUGCUUCUUUUUAUGGCUAUGUAAUGCAAUUACAAUUCCUAUC